UUAGUUAUCGUCGUGUUGCCUAUGGUCGGUGACGAUAGUCAUGCAGCCAAAAGUAAUGAAGAUAUCUAUGUUGCUCGUCUUCGCAACGUUGGUUAGUUAUGACGCAAACAAAAAUAUUUUGUUUCUUCGGAGAAGUUUUAGUCACGCUGAGCUUGUCACGUCGCAUGCUGCCCGAAGCGAUCGUCUUCUGUCACUUUUAGUCAGUGUGCUUUUAUAUGUCGAAGGAGUAAACGAAGUGAAAAACAAAAUCCGAAAAUGGCCGCGAAAAAACGUAAAUUUACUUAUUCGUCUCUUAUUACGGAUUUGAUUAAGAAAGAGGACAACAAAGUGUUCUGUGCCAUUGACGUAAUCUCGGGAUGUGCUUAUUAUCAGGAGAAAUAUGAUGUGACGAACUUCCUACGGCAUUUUCGCUCACAACACCCGGAGGAAGCGGCAAUCCAUGAAUUGACGAAGGAGCCUCCCGCAAAAAAAGCGAAGGUAGUUCCGAAGGUCUUAAUCGCAAUUAACAGGCAAACAUUGCUGGAAGCGUGCUUAAAAUUGACUGCUAUACACCAUCUACCAUUCUCAUGUCUGGAAUGGGAAGGACUGAGAUUGUUAUUGGAUCCGAUUUCCGAGGCACUAAAUAUAACACUCAACCGUCGCAACAUUAAGGUGCAUAUCGACGUCGCCGCGGAAAAAAUAAAACAAGCAAUGAAAAUAGAAAUGUGUGGGAAAUUGCUUCACUUAGCAAUUGAUUCGGCCUCAAGACAUUCCAGACACAUACUGGGAAUAAAUGUGCAGUACGAGAAGCAAGGAGCUGUUGUCAUACGCACACUUGGUAUAAAAUAGCUACUUAAUACUAAAUUUUGGUUUUAUUAACUUUUUUUCUUAAUUUUUAGGAAUGAUUGAAGUUAAGCAAAGCCAGACCGCCAAAUUCCUCAAGGAAAAAAUUCUUGAGAUCCUGCAAUCAUACGAGGUAUCCAUCGAUCAGAUUCUGUCCGUGACAACCGAUAAUGGGGCCAACAUGAUUGCUGCCGUGAAACUUCUCCAACAAGCUGCAGCCGUUUUCGGAGUUUCGCCAGAAUCUAUCUUGGAAGAUGAACUACCCCAUGCCAGCGAGAAGGAAAUCGAGCUAUUGGAUUCGUUAGCUUCGGAGUUUGAGCCUUUGCUGUGCCUUACUCGGUGCGCAAGUCACACGCUUCAGCUGGCCGUCGGAGAUGUGGUGAAGAAAAACGAUCCACAUAUUCGUAGUAUUACGGAUCUUGUGAAAGAGUCGCGGAAAACAAAGUACACUCUUUUCUUCGAGCAUAAGCAAGCCUCCAAGGCUCCUUUUUGGUCACCCACAAGAUGGGGAGGAAAGUAUGAAAUGAUUGCAUCGAUUGUUGAACAAGAGCAAUUUUAUAUUGAGCUGGCUGAAGAAUACAAAGAAAUCGAAAUCACCGAAGAUGACUGGAAGUUUAUGAAGGACUUUGUUGAAGCCUUCGCUCCAGUUCAUAAAUUAACUAAUGACCUACAGUUGAAGCACGUCCCUCUCAGUGAUUUUUACAUGGAAUGGUUGCAAGCGAUUCGUUCUGUUGAGAGCAACAAGGACAACCCUCUUUGUUCCAGCUUGUCACAGGCACUGAAGAAUCGACUGAAAAAACUUCAGGAAAACGAGCUUUUUCGUGCCGCCCUACUGCUUGAUCCUCGAUUCAACUUUCCUGGGUCAAACGUUUUUUCGUCAGCAGACGAAAAAGAAUCGGUUCAAAAAUUCGUUCGUAACGUAUGGGACAGGAUAAACCAAAUUCAAAGACCAGCGAAUGAACCUCAGCCGUCAACUUCUGCUGGAACCGCGAAUGACAGCAACAUGUCUGAUGAAAUGGAUGAUUACAUAACUCAGUUGUUUGGAAGUUCAGGACCAACGACAUCAGCAAACAUCGCUUCAACAUUUCAACAACAACUUCGCCAGCUCAGCUUUGAAAACAGGCAGCCUCAUCAUUAUGACGUCUGGACUCAUUGGCUCGCUCGGAAGCACAGCCAUCCGGAGCUGUUUGAAGUUGCUAUGGUCGUACUGUCUGGGCCAUCCAGCCAAAUAUCCGUUGAACGAGCAUUUAGUGCACUUGCACUAAUUCUAUCCGAUUUACGCACAGGAAUGUCAGACGAGGCGUUACAAAAUGUUUUGUUAAUCAAGCUCAACAAAGAUAUCUUUGAAAAGAUCAUCCCGACCUUGUACGAUUGGAAAACUGCGUUCAAUGAUGAAUCUGAAACUUAAGAAGAACAAGUUGAUCUUGAAAAGUUUCGUUUUUUGUUUUUAUUUUCGUGAUGCAAAUAAAAC